AUGCCGCCAAGCAAUGGCUCAGCCCCUGCUGUAGGGACUUCACACACCCCUUCUUCGCACGCGUCUUCAUCGCACUCCUCUUCUUCUCGCGCCUCUUCACCGCAGUCCUCUUCUUCUCGUGCCUCUUCUCCGCAGUCUCGUGGCUCGGGUGUGGCGGCCUCUUGCGCGCCGUUCGCGGAGGCUCUUUGCGCGCCUCCAGCGCUCUUUGCGUUCCCCGAAGAUCGCGAGGCGCCGACGCCUUCGCCUGAGCCGCGCGCGGCGCCUUCGUCGAUUCCCUGGCAGCGCCGCGCGUUCUCUCCCAUCGAGAGAGGCUCCGUGCGCGGCUCGAUCUUCACACUCGCGUCCUCCUGUCUCGGCGCUGGGGUGCUGGCGACGCCGUACGCGAUGCAGGAGUGCGGCUUGGCCGUCGGUCUCGCGUUGCUCUGCCUGCACGCGUUUGUCUCGUUUUUCACGACUUACAUCCUCCUCACAUCUUCGAAGCUCUUCCGCACCAGCACCUACGCAGACUUGGCGCACCGCGCGGUGCCUGCGCUGCCGCGAAGUCUCGUCGACAUGAUCAUCGUCCUGAACGGCCUCGGCGUCUGUCUCUCCUUCCUCGUCUUCCUCGGCGACUUCCUGCCCGCCUCCCUCGAGAGCCUCGGGCUGCUCCCGCACGCCACCGACUACCGCGGCCUGCUGCUCUGCGCCAGCAUGGUCGUCAUCGUACCGCUGUCUAUACAACCGCGGCUCUCGGCGUUGCGGCACUUUGCGUUUUUCCCGGUUUGCGCGCUGCUGUUUUCGCUCUCCUGCGUCGUCUACCGCGCGGGAAGCCUCAUGCAGGAGCAAACGAAUCCAGUGGUGCUGGUCAGUUGGAACUGGAACUUCUUCAAGUCCUUCAACGUCUUCCUCUUCGCGUUCAUGCAACACGUUAACGUUUGCCCCAUUGGCCGCGAGCUGCAGAAUCCGUCCGAUCCGCGCGUGUAUAAGGUUUCGUUGCGCGCGGCGGCGUUGGAGUGGUGUCUGUACGCGCCGAUUGCGACGAUAGGUUACUUGUCGUUUCGCGGCAACAGCAAGCAGAACUUCAUGAUGAACUACAGGACCGACGAUCGCCUGAUGCAUGUCUGUACGUUCCUGCUUUCGUUUUCGAUGAUUCUCGGCGUGCCCCUAACGGUGAUCCCGACUGUGGAGUCGCUGUUCAAUCUCAUGGCGCUGCCCGCGGCGGCGCCGCCCGCUUCAUCCGCCGCGGCCGCCGCAGGCCUCAGUGCGCGCCCGGGGAUGAGUGCGCCGCUUCUGCUGCACGCCGAUCGCAGCGACGGUGCAUUUGUCAUCGUGGCGCGAGACCGGGGAGACGCCUGUGUCGACCAGGCAGAGGAGAAAGAAGAGGACGCGCGCAGAGGCUGCGAUAUCGUCGCAGCCUCUGAAGCUCCCGGCGGCGGGUGCGGCCUCGCGCCAGUGGACGAGGAAGCGGCACACGACCCAGAGCGAAGAGACGUAGACCCUGCUGGCCGCGACGCGCUUGGCGCAGAGGAGGAGGCGGCGGCGCGCGGCGGAGGGCGCGUAACGGCGGGCGCGGCGGGGGGCGGCCUCGCGGGCGUCGCGCAGAGCGUGUUGAGGAACCGAAAGAUCUGCGCAUGCGCCUGUCUCUACCCCGUGCUUCUCAUGGCUCUUGUCACCGACAAGGCUGCAGACGUCGUUGGGCUCUUGGGAGGUUUCUUCUCCACUCUCCUGAUGUGUGGCCUCGAGCUGUGCGGCAGUCGCUCAACGGGCCGCCGCGCGUGGGCGGAGGUGUGCGAGGAGAUUCCCAGCGAGGCCAGCGCGCUUCCUUCGAUUAUCUUCUUCCGCGGCAUCGGCAAGCUCUACUACAAGCCCGCGACGAGGACGGCCAUCUUCGUGUUUCUCCUCGCUGUGACUUGCGUCGGCGCGCUCUCCUCCGUGCUGAUCAUCCUGCAAAACUUCGGCGUCUGCUGCCGUCCUCCGGAGUCGCCUUUCAACUGA